AUGAGCGGUGUCUUCGAGGCAAUGCCAAGGGGCAUAUACCUGAAGGUGUACGCCGAUGAUAUCACCCUUAUUGUGAUCGGUGUGCACCCGAAGGCCAUCAGGAAAAAGGCUCAAGCGGCUAAAACCGCUGUCGGCAAAUGGGCUGCCAAAGCCGGUUUCGAUAUUUCCGCUGCCAAGUCGACAAGACUGCACAUAUGUGCCAGUAACCACCAACCACCCCGGAAGCCCAUUACCAUCAACCAGGAGGUAAUUCCCACAAGAAAGACCCUGGAUCGGCACCUAACCCUACAGGCCCACUUCGAUCUUGUCAAAAAGAGCUGUGAAAACCGGCUAAAGCUCCUCCGCAACAUCUCGGGCAGGACAACCCGGUGCGACCGAAGCACUCACCUACGAGUUGCCAACGCCGUAAUUGGCAGCCGGCUAACAUACGGAAUAGAUUUCACCUGCCGAGCCCAAGACCAACUGAUCAAGGCCCUACCGCCCAUGCACAACCGGGCCAUCAGAACUAUUUCCGGCCUACUUCCCUCGACCCCCGCAAACGCAGCAUGCGCCGAGGCCGGCGUCCUCCCCUUUCGGCACAAGGUUGCUCUAACGACCUGUAAUCGAAAAUACCCGGGACAACGGACAAGGCUGCUUCCUUGCAGAGCAAGCCAACGCCACGCUUCCCCCGGUGGCAGGUCUCCACCGGCUCGGGCCAAGAAGCUGGCCUACUUCCUGGAGAGACUUCGAAGCCGGUAUCACGAUUGGGCGAUCCGUUACACCGACGGGUCCAAAUUGGGCGAUCGAGUGGGCGUAGGAGUCCACGGGACUGAGCCCGAACAACACUACCGCAUUCCGCCGGGAUGCUCGGUCUUCUCGGCUGAAGCAGCGGGGAUUUUCCAAGCUACAAUAGCCCCGAGAGACCGUGCCGCACUUAUCAUCACUGACUCCAACAGCGCCAUCUUCGCCAUUGAGAACCCGAAGUCAAAACAUCCCUUCAUUCAGGGCAUUCAGGCGGCCCUCGACUCCGCCGAGCACCGGACGGUGCUAAUGUGGGUUCUUGGGCAUUGCGGUAUCCAAGGAAACGAGCGCGCCGACAUUCUGGCCGACAUCGGCCGAAACAGCCCCUUUCUCACCCCGAAAAUUCCUGCAGACGACGCUGAAAAAAUGGACCAAGGACACCAUUUGGCAAUCCGGGUCCAACGAGUGGAGGCGGGACCGAACCCUGUUUUUUUCAGAAAGGCCAACCCUACAGCGAGACCCGGGGAAGACUUGCCUAACCGGCGGGACCAAACGGUCCUGUCCCGUUUAAGGACGGGGCAUACGCGAGCAUCCCACAACAUAGUCGCCAACAACUCCGGCUUCCGCCGGCAGUGUGAGAUCUGUUCCGCACAAUACUCGGUCGAGCACUUCCUGUGCGUUUGUCCGGCACUUGAACACAUCCGGCAAAUCCACCAGAUCACCGAUAUUCCCAGCUCACUCGCUAACGACAAAGUCCGCAAGCGCCAGUUGUUCUUCCUGAGCACAACCUACCCGCACCGCAUCCUUAACGUGUGGAUGUUGUUGCAGCAAGUGCAGAAGUGCGCUUGGCUGGUCGCCUCGCUUGACGAGCAGGGUAGUGCAGCGUGCUAUGCUGCUGCUAGCUGGAAGGGAAAGACUUAA